AUGACAUCAGCUCUUAACACCUCCCACAUCUCUCCUCUCCACAUCCGCAAGCCCAUGGCAGAAUACCUUCUUGGGUUGAUGCUGGUCGCGCAGUCGUCGCGCGACCGCCAUGUGUUUCGCUACCCUCCGGACCCGACGUCGCCGAGCGACCGCCUCAGCCAGCCGAUAUACAGUCGCGCAACGUAUACCGCGCAAGACAACACCGUCGACCGGUCGAUGAAUGCUGCGCGGCUCUUUUCGCGUCGCGACGGCCCACGUAGGAGUGGUCGGCUGGGCGCAUUUAGCGGAGGCGGAGUGAGUGGGUUCUCGGGCGGCCUAGAUGAGGGGAGCCUAGCGCGCUCAAUGACGGGACGGAGUGGGAGCGCACACUCUUUCGGCACAGACAACAUGACUCCGAUCGAGAGUAGCAGUUCAAACUCGGACGACUCGGAUAUCGACACGAUAUGGGGCCCUUCCAAGUAUCACUCGGAAGCUCAUCAUGGAAAACCCCACCAUCCCGCCGGUAACCAUGCUACACACCCACCGAGGCGGUACUCUAGCGAGAGCGAGGGACGGAGCGGUCUCGUCAACUCUGUCACAAAGGGGUUUACCGAGAUCAAGCCGAAUCCAAACCUCGAUAGACGGGGGAGUGUGAUAUCCACGGAAACGGCCAAGAAGAAACACCAUGUCACCCCCCUCGAACAGCAGUACAAUUUCAGCAUGGGUUAUUCGCUCGAGUUUCUCUCCGACCUCCUCUCCCCGCGCCGAGCGGCAUGUAACCGCAAAUUCUCCAUCACCAUCAACGAGCUCAUCUUCAUGGGCCAUCCAGUGACUGCGGGUCCGGAUGGCAAGUGGGCCUAUCCAGCUGGAGAUAGCGACGACGACGAGGAUGACCGGCUUCGUGGGAGGAGGAAGGAGGCUGGGCCCGUCAAGGCGGUCGAGGAGAUCCAGAAGGAGGAGACACCGAAGAAUGGACGUAAAGACCAAGCGGGGCUGACUUUGUUCCACCUCGUUUUGAUUCUCGAUAAACCCGAUCCAAAGCCCGGCCAAGUCUUCACAGACUGCCUCGACAUCCUGUACCGCGAAGUAGCAUUCAAGUGGACCGCCGCGGCGUUUGCUCUCCAAGUAAAGGACAACUGGGUCGGGCGCGAAAUCAAGAAACUCAUGGCGAUCCGUGAAAAGGCCAUGGCCGACGGCAUACCCGUCAACGAAUGCCUGCGCAUAUGUAUUGAGAAGAGCCAACUCGCACAGAGCCUACACGAACUGUAUGGCACGCUGCACAAGAUAAAAUCGCGCCCGCUCAACGGACACUUUUCCCGCGUCUCUACAACAAUCAAAGUCCCCGUUGGGCCCAUACCCAUCACCCUUGUUGUUCCCCCGAUAACAACAGACGCCGAGCAACUCAUGGUCGACCGCGACGGCGAUUCUGAUAGCGACCUGGACUCAUGGGAGUUUGCUGGUCCUGACGGCGCGCUCAUUGCUAAGCAGCCGGGGUUCCGGGUCGAGCCGUGGAAGACGCUGUUGUUGCUUGACGAGGACGAGGUUCGGCCGCGCAGACGACGUGAGCAGGAGCGCAAACAUGCCGAGGAGGAGGAGCUUGUCGACCUCCUCGUGAGCCACUGUGACGUCUCGAAACCCCUGCAUGAGAUUGCGCAUCUUAUGCGGUGUGAUCUUGAGGGCGUGGUGAUUCCGCUCGCCAGGGAACUGGUUCAGAACAAGCGGGCGGUGUUUAUCGAUGUGGUGAACAUUCGUCUGCGUACAAUUCUCAUGUCUUCGACUAUUGUGGAUCAUUCCCUCCCAAUCACUCAUCACUCUGUGCGCUUUUCGGUCGCCUUCCCAAAACUGCCACCCCUCAUUCCACUCCUAACGAUGAUUUCCGCCGCCCCGGUCCCCUUCCGCAACCUCCUCCCCGUCGAAGCCCUCAACGAACCUGUAAAACGCGACCCGUGGAUACGCGCCGUCGCCUGGCUCCUGCGCAACGACCUAGUGAUCCAAGCCCACGUCCGCGCCCGCGUAAUAGCCAGCGCAAGCGUAAAAGAAGCAGCCUGGCUUAAACUGUGGCAUCGCCGCCGCCGCCGCUGGCUUCGAGAGCGAAAGAUGAGCGUGGCAAGUGGGGGCAGUGCGCGUUCUCGUCCCUCUUUCGGGGAAGGAAGUGUUGGCAGCGGAAACGCCAUCGCUGUCAAUGCAGCCAAAGCCACCUCGCCUGAUCGCGAUGGCUGGGCGGCCCGCGUACCCAAGACCCCACUGGCCGUAACCCGAACCCUCAGUGUUGGGGAGACUGCUGAUGCGGAGAGCGAGUACGAUCUUGAUUCGGAUGAUGGGCUCGACGACGACGGGGAUGGCGACGAAGAGAGCGGCGCAGCCGGUCGCUGGCGCUUGCUCAGGCCUCCACUUGGGCCUGGGAUUGAACGCUGUCUUGCUACGGCCAGCUAUAGUCUAGACGAGCCUGAGCCGGUCAAGACGCCCAUGUUUGGGGCGAGCUUCAUCUUCCACCCGGCACAGGCACAGAAGGACGAGGCGCGGUGGCUCCGCGUUGUGCGUGAGCGCACGCCCGAUCCCGUGUUGCGUAGUCGCUUUGACCUGUGCGUGCAGUACUUUGACGGGGUGACGACAUUCGAGGAAAUCGUAUUCCGCACCGGCCUGACACGGCGUGAAUUGGACCGCAUUGCCAUGGUAUACCGCGACGACCUCAUGAUUACAAUCCACUCUUAG